UGAACCGUUGCAAAAGUUCAGCAAAAAAAAAAAAAAAACAGGCCAAGCGCUACGCACUGCAUCAGCUGGUUGCUAUGGUUGCUGUUGUGAAUUGCUAUCAUCCAUUACCACUGUGACGGGUGACCGUCAGUGACUGUCAGUGACCGUGUGACGAGGUGUUCUGGACAAAUAAAAAGUGGUAUUAUAUGAGGCGCGCAAAAUUGAGUGCGACACACAAUGUGAGAUACACGAUAAUGUCGGAGGUCGAAGUGCGGAGGGGAUACCUUUGUUCGUUGAUUGUCGUCGCGUUGAAUCGAAUCGUUCUUUACCAUUUCCCUGGAUAACUCAUGUACGCGCGCGCAUGCGGUCCCGUUUGGGAGAGUGCGAGAUAACGUGGUUCUGCGUGGCUCUCGACUCGAUCGCGAGAUUCGCGAGCGGGAUUUAUGUCAAUGCAGCGACUGCAGCUGGAUAAUUUGCGGAAGAGGCGAAGAUCGUCGGAAUAUUCCUUGCCAUGUUCCCCUCUCUCUCUCUCUUUUCCUCUCUUCCAUUUUAUGGUUGGUGUCUCACGUUUUUCUUCGCGCUCGUGCAAAGUUCAUCUCCGUCGAUUCGUCAUCGCGAUAACGCGAGGGUGACAGCUCUGCGACAAGAGUCGCGUCUAUCAUCAUAGUCUCGUGAUCGCUGCCCACGCGCGGCGACAACUAUCGCUGUUUGUUGAACUCGCGAAGCUUAAGCGUACUCGAGUUCUGACAAUACUCGCCUAGCAGCUCAACGGGAUGUCCAUUAAUCUGAGCGAGAUCGAUCCGUUCGGUGAGACGCCGAUGGAGCUGCCUAUGGAGCUGCCUAUGGAGCAAGAAUCCUACGAAGAUGAUGACCAAGCAAUAGUGGAAUCCAGUCCAAAGAACAAUAUAGAAACUAAUGCUGUGAGUGAAGCAGAUUAUGCCGAGCCUUUGACCCCGGAAGAAGUACGGUGGUUUUAUAAAGACGGCGUUGACAAAAGGUGGAACGAAUUUUGCGGGUACGACAGUUUAAGAAUUGAGAGAAUUUAUCGAGAACGUCAGAAUUUAAUUAGUGAAAAUAAUGAUGGAACAAACUAUUUGUCACCUGCUGAAAAAAUUGUGGUUAGAGGUGGCAUGUAUGAUGUCGAAAUAGAUAAUAUGAAAUGCGUUUCGAUAUAUUGGCCAGGUGAAGAAUGGGAAAUUAUGAGGGGUACAUGGUAUUACGAUGGCAAUUGGAUACCCUUGGAAACAGAACAUUCCAAAGUAAUAGAAAAGGUACAUCUUAAAUUAUUUCAAAAGGAAAGCAGCAAUCAAAAUAUCAUUAUGUGUGAUACAAAUCCUCCUCAAUCUUAUAAAGUGUUACAUACUGAACAAUUCUCCGAGUUUCACGUUGAUUGGCACUCGGUUAACGAUGUGACAUUAUAUAGCGAAUAUACACCUACUAAAUUAAUGCGUAGCGUUACAUCAAAGUUGGGUUUUGCUAAAACAACAGGCUAUCGAUUAAAAAGAGGCUAUAAAACACGUACAAAUAUGGAGGACAAGCCACGUGAUAUUGAUCAUCUAGUAUUUGUUGUUCAUGGAAUAGGACAAAAGCGAGAUACGGGAAAAAUUAUUCGAAAUACCACAUGUUUUAGAGAUUGCGUGGAUUGGCUUAAGCAAAAAUACUUUCCAAAUUCUAAACACAGAGUAGAAUUCUUUCCAGUUGAAUGGCGAUCAUCAUUAAAGUUAGAUGGAGAUAUAGUAGACGCAAUUACACCUUACAGUGUAUUGAGCAUACGUCACUUGCUUAAUACAUCAGCAAUGGAUAUUUUGUAUUAUACAAGUCCUCUGUAUGGUGCUGAAGUUCGAGCUGGAUUACAAAAAGAGUUAAAUAGUUUAUACUGUAUGUUUGCGAGUCGGCAUCCUGGUUGGCAAGGAAAGAUUUCAAUUUUAGCGCAUUCUCUAGGAUGUGUGAUUGUAUAUGACAUAGUUACAGGCUGGAUAGGACCUGAUUCGCGACUCUCAUGUCCGCAGGCGCAAGAAGUUUUAUUGCAAGGAUUGCAAUUUCCUAUUGAAAAUUUGUUUUGCUUGGGUUCGCCGUUGUCCGUAUUUUUAGCUCUGCGCACUCGUACUCCAUCCAACAGAUUAGAUGUGAUGCCGCAAGGUUUAUGUAAAAGAUUCUAUAACAUAUUUCAUUGGUCCGACCCAGUGGCAUAUAGAAUGGAACCGCUUUUAGAAAGGGGUUACAGUAAAAUCGAGCCAGUUCUAAUACCACCAUACGGAGGAAUUGAUGGUCAGCAAAUACCACAAUCGCCUUCAUCACUAAACAACGUCGAUCCGACUCUACCACCUACAGAAAAUGAUGAUAAAGAUGAUAGUCCAGUGGAUAGUCCACCCAAUCGUAAUGCAGAGAAGGGUUGGAGUCUUUGGGAUUUAGUGCGAGGUGGUUGGAACAUUAGAGAAGGUCCAUCUUCACCAACACCAGAUUCAAAUCCAUCAAUCCGUCCAGGUCAAGAAUUAGCACAACGAUUGGACUAUGUGCUCCGUCCGAUUGGCUUAGGAAGAAAUUAUUUGUAUACUGUAGCAGCACAUACGGCAUAUUGGAAUAACUACGACGUAGCCUAUUUCGUAUUAACAAGACUCUUUCCAACGCUGGAAACUUGAUGGCGGUUUAAACAGUUUAACGCAGAGUCCCAGCAGUUUCUGCUAAGAUGCUCUAGUCCAUUGUAGGCCUUCUCUAGAACGUGAUAUCGCAAAUAGGUCUGCUACCAAAACAAUCUGUGAUAAUGGAAAAAUGAUACAAUAAUGUUGCGAAUUCUAUGAAAACCGAUCAUUUUAUAUGAUUUGUAUAAUUUAGUAAUCGCUCUGCAUGAAGUUAUACGAGACAAACAUUGUCUUUGCUCGUUUUGGUAAGUAAUUGUUUGUACAAAACAUUAGGUAAUCGACAUUUGUACAUAACAUAAUAAAUUCUGUAUCAUACAAGAGCGCAUGGAAGAAAAUGAUAAGUUUUAUGAAAUUUUAUGUUACCAUUUAAUAGAUACAGUAUAUGAAUAUGCUAGAUAUUUAUUAAGUAUAAUAUUUUGUAAAACUCUCUAUAACUUGUUAUGAUACGGCAAACUGUUUUCGAAUAACACAUUCUACAAUAAGCCCUUACUUAAAGUAACUCUUAAACCGUAAAAAAUUGAUCAGUCACAGUGUCUGAUCGAAUGUGAAAAGAAUAAUUGAUUAUGAUUGAUCAAUUUCUUAUGCCUUAAUCCUUUGAGUCACGCAAUUAAAGGAAAAGACUAAUCUCUGAAAAAUGUAUAGAAUUAUAGGUUUUUGAGGUCACUGAAAUCAAAUCUUUUAUCAAAUCCUAAAAUAAUUGAAAUUCAAGAUGGCGAGUACAAUAUGGCGGUUUAAAAAGCAAAUUGAUUCUUGAUUUUCAUUACAAUUCGCAUUCUAUCCUGAAAAAUCCAUAAAUAAGGGUUUUCUGAAGUGGCGGAAUAUAAAUCCAACCAUUGAAUUUAUAAAAAAU